AUGGCCGACGCAGUGUCACCACCUCCCGCAACUGAAGUUGCGACAAUCGCAACACCUAUCAACCUCAUACUCAUCUCACUUUUUAUGGUUCUGCUCUAUUAUCGCCUUACACCAAAGACAGCAGCAACUCUACCAACUCCACCAGCACCAACAGUUUUCAAGACCUUCACACCACCCGAGCUCGAGCCCUACAAUGGCCGUAACAACAUGCCCGUCUAUCUUGCAGUUCGCGGCAGAGUCUUUGACGUGACAUCUGGACGCAACUUCUACGGUCCAGGAGGUCCUUAUGCCAACUUUGCUGGACGUGAUGCAAGCAGAGGCCUCGCUUGUGGUAGCUUUGACGAAGACAUGCUGACCAAGGAUCUGAACGGACCACUGGACACUCUGUCAGACCUGGGCGACGAAGAAAUGGAAGCUUUGAGAGGAUGGGAAGAGAGAUUCUCCGAGAAGUAUCUGGUUGUUGGCAAACUUGUUCCCGUAGGAAGCAAGGAAGCACAGGAGGCUACUGAGGCCGAAAAGAUGUGA